AUGGGAAACUUUUUCCCUACCGAACUAUCACGAGACACAGAAGCACUGGUUGCUCUGCUGAAUCCUUACUAUGUUCAGGUUACAAGGGCUGAACUCUCAGAGUUGGUGCGGCUCAUUAAAGCAGCCGUACCAGAACUGCCUCUAGUUGAAGCCCUCAACAUUCACAUAUGGGACAAAAUAGGCAACCUUAUCAAACUCAGGGCUCAGGGAGGAGAUUCCCAGGCAAACAAUGCUUAUCCAGCCUGGCAAGCUAUAAUGACUGCAUUAAGCAGAUCCCAUAAAAGAACGACGAACUCAUACACCCCCACUCACGCUGCAACCAGCAGCCCCACUUUUACGCGCCGCAAUUCAAACACACAAACCGCGGCGGGGGGAGGGGGUGGAGCCGUUCACAAUUCAACUCUGGGGAAGGGAACAGGAAACUCAAGAGACACGGACCGGCGGGAGGGAGCGGGACCUCAAAUGCGAAGUUCCAGUCCGUGGGACAGCAGCAGGGGGUCCCGUGACGGGGGUGGGGGGGCUAGUCCAGCUUACUUGCCAACCCAUCCCGCACAUGAACGCCGAGUACGCGCCCAGGGGCGGGCACCACCAUCUCGCCCGCCACGCGAUACGGACGCUGACCCAUCCUUCCCCGCCCCUGCGCCGUCUUCCCCAACCACCACCACCACCCACCCACAGGCAGCCGCUUUCGCCGGAGCUGCAGGGGGGGGGGAUUGGGAGGAGUGGGGGGAGGAGGAGGGGGAUUUCGGGAUAGCUCCGCCGGCAAGGGAUGAAGCGACAUACCGAGAGGGCACAAUUGAUAGGUGGGCUUUAUGUAGAGAAGAGGCAUUGCGUACUGGGGACUUACAAGUUAUACAAGCAUGUCCAGUAAUUAUCGGCCCACGUCAAAGCCGCAGAUUCCAACCAUUACCACAUGAACUAACCAAAGAACUGAGACAGUUAAUAAGAGAAACGGGUGUUUCAUCCCCUAACACGCUUGCAUUUUUAGAAUCACUAAGUUCCACAUAUAUCUUCAUGCCUCAUGACUGGAGAACCCUGUUACAAAUAAGCCUUUCUAACACACAGUACAAUGUAUGGCUGAACGAUUUUAGAGAAAUCUGUUCUGCCUAUGCUAAUGACCCACAAGCAGGAGUAUCAGCACACCAACUCACAGGGGAUGGUAACUAUCGUUCCAUAGACGCACAAACCGGCUACAAUAGAGAGGUAUACGAAGUCAUUGCAAAGCAUGCCCUGCGGGCAAUAAGGAAAUUACCCUCAUCAGACAGAGACGCAAACUUGUCAUUUACAAAAAUAGUACAGGGCCCAACAGAACCUUACACAAAAUUCCUAGAUCGGCUGCAAUCUGCUCUGGAUAGGCAGAUUGAAAAUGAGGAAGCCAGAGAAAUCCUUAGCAGAAGACUGGCUUUUGAAAAUGCUAAUGUGGACUGUAAGAGAGUUCUGCAAACCCUUCCUAAGAGGGAAACUUGCAGUAUCUCAGAAUUAGUUCGUGCCUGCCAAGAAGUAGGUUCUUUAACACAUCAAUCAGAUUUGCUAGCAGUAGCACUGAGUACUCAGUUAAGGACACAGCAGGGGGCCAGACCCAGAGAAGGUUGCUUCAUUUGUGGGGCCCCCGACCAUUUCCAAAGGGACUGCCCUCAGAGACCCCUAGCAUUGGUACCUCGAAAGCAAACCAAAGCAAGGAGGAUGCCAAAAAACUGGAGGCGAGGGGCGCUGUCGCACGCCCCGGUACAGCAAUCACAUGCGACACAAGGGAACAGGCUGGCGAUUUGCGCCCCCCCAGCUCAGCCAGCGCUCUGUGCCCCUACACCCCAGCCAGCAAUCUGCGCUCCUCCACCGCAGCCAGCGCUGGGCUGGACUUAUCCAACAGGGACACAGUCGUCUUAA